GUUUAGCGGUCUGUUUUGAGCCAGGAAAAAAUUGGCACAGAGCACUAGCACAGCCUGCUAACAUAUACUUGUGAUAACAGGUUAGCAAUUAGUCGCUAUUUGAGUGAGUCUAGCAGUAAAGAGAAGGACAUUCUUACCUUAGUGACCAACAUCUGGGUAUUUAGUCGGUCAGUGAAUGUGGCUUUUGGUGCAGGCUGGGACGGCAGCUACAGGGAUUAGCUGUACGGGGAGCUCCUGCUAGCAGUGCAAUGCUGACAUACCUUCAGACGGCUUUCUAAUUAUCUCACAAACAGGGAUUUUGGUGUGACUUCAGUCGGAAAAAUCGUCACCAUUCAUACGCGGACUGUAUUCCAAAACCGAGACCGAAAUAGUCCGAUAGUGAAGCGCUUGAGUUAGCUGGCUAACGUUAGCUGGGUCGCCUGCAAGUACAAGGUUAGCUGCUUAAAACGAGCCACCUGGACCCGAGAACCAUCGAAAGAGGGCUAUGUCUUCAGCAGCCACCACAGCCCCAUCAGUGGACAAGGUGGACGGCUUCUCCAGGAAGUCUGUCAGGAAAGCCAGGCAGAAGCGAGCACAGAGCUCGUCCCAAUUCAGAUCUCAGGACAAGCCUAUAGAGCUGGUGCAGCUACCUCUGCUGAAAGAUGUUUCUGCGCAGGAGCAACCAGAGCUAUUUCUCAAGAAACUGCAGCAGUGCUGUACUCUGUUUGACUUCUUGGACACGCUGUCUGACCUCAAAAUGAAAGAGUAUAAGCGGUCCACCCUCAAUGAGUUGGUGGACUACGUCACCCUCAGCCGGGGCUACCUGACUGAGCAGACCUACCCCGAGGUGGUCAAAAUGGUGUCCUGCAAUAUUUUUCGGACUCUUCCGCCUAGUGACAGUAAUGAGUUUGACCCAGAGGAAGACGAGCCCACGCUGGAGGCUUCAUGGCCACACUUACAGCUCGUUUAUGAGUUCUUCAUUCGCUUCUUGGAAAGUCAGGAAUUUCAGCCCAGCGUUGCCAAAAAAUACAUCGACCAGAAAUUUGUAUUACAGCUCUUGGAGCUGUUUGAUAGCGAGGACCCGCGAGAGAGGGACUGCCUGAAGACAGUUCUGCACAGAAUCUACGGAAAGUUCCUCGGCCUCAGGGCCUUCAUCCGCAAACAAAUCAACAACAUUUUUCUUUGUUUUGUAUAUGAGACAGAGCACUUCAAUGGUGUAGCUGAACUGCUGGAGAUUUUGGGAAGCAUCAUCAAUGGUUUUGCGCUUCCUCUCAAAGCUGAGCACAAACAGUUCCUGGUGAAAGUGCUGCUGCCUCUGCACACAGUGAGGAGCUUGUCUCUCUUCCAUGCCCAGUUGGCCUAUUGUAUUGUACAGUUCCUAGAGAAAGAUCCCACGUUAACAGAACCUGUUAUCAGAGGCUUGUUGAAGUUUUGGCCAAAAACAUGCAGUCAAAAAGAGGUUAUGUUUCUUGGAGAGUUGGAGGAGAUUCUAGAUGUGAUUGAGCCCACUCAGUUUGUUAAGAUCCAAGAGCCACUCUUCAAACUGAUAGCUAGAUGUGUGUCCAGCCCCCAUUUUCAGGUGGCAGAACGAGCCUUGUACUACUGGAACAAUGAGUAUAUCAUGAGUCUGAUUGAGGAGAACUCCAGUGUCAUCCUGCCUAUCAUGUUUGCCAGUCUCUACAGGAUCUCCAAAGAGCACUGGAACCCGGCGAUAUCAGCUUUGAUCUACAAUGUGCUCAAAGCAUUCAUGGAGAUGAACAGCGCCUUGUUUGACGAACUUGCCGCCAAUUACAAAUCAGACAGGCAAAGGGAAAGGAAGAAGGACAAGGAGCGUGAGGACCUAUGGAGGAAGCUGGAGGAGCUGGAGCUCAGACGGGGCAUCCAGAACAGCGACGGCGUCAUUCCCACCUAACACGGACCUCGUUUCCACCCUUCUGUGUGGCCCCAACAAUCCCUUUUUACUCUGCCACAGGGACCCCGUCCCCUAUUUGCUUCUCAUGCUGCGUACUUUACUGCACACUCCCUCGUUCAUUUCCUCCCUUUCAACAGCACUGUAAAUAAUCCUCUCCCUCUUUCCUGUAUCAUACUGCUACACUGAAAGGAAGAAGAAAAAACAGAAAAUUUGAAGAGAGACUUAAUGUGCACUCCUUGUUGUAAAAAAUAUGGUAAAAUGAUAAUCAACUAUGGUCAAAGGAUAUAUUUUAAAAAACCUUUUCAGUUCAGAAAUUGUUCAGCGUCUCCAUGUCAGUAUAUUGUUCUCAAGGAAGUGCCCUGGGACAUAGGGAUCUGUGCUCACCCUGCAAUUAAAGAUGUCUUAUGUGAGGA